ACUCUUCUUAUUCUUUACUGUCAGUGGUCUUUAGCUAACGGCGCUAUCAGAUGUUGCUAGCUCUACCUUUUAUACUGUUAAUGUCAUCAUCGUUUAUAGCGUUACUAUUGUAUUUAAAUGCAUGAUUGUGUGAUACAUGUAUAGAAUGCCCAACACCAGCACCAGGCCUAAACGUGGCAGACGGAACCGUCGGGUGCCCAGGGAGGACCCUGCCAGGAAUGAGCUGGUGUCCAGGUCACUGGAGAGUGCCCAGCAGUGUCUGUUCAACCAAGACUAUGGGACUGCCUUUGUCCACUACCUUCUCGUCCUCAACCUGGCUCCUGUGUUGAAGGACUUUGCCAGUGUGGGUAGCAAAGGAAACCCUGUAGGCAAGGGCUCUCCAACCCUGUUCCUGGAGUGCUACCCUCCUGUAGGUUGUAACUAACCUGAUUUAAUUUAUCAAUCAGCUAAUUAUUAGAAUCAGGUGUGCUAUAUUAGGGAUGGAGCGAAAACCUACAGGACGGUAUCUCUCCAGGAACAGGGUUGUAGAGCCCUGCUGUCGGCUAUACACCAUUCAGCCUGUCUGACAAUUGACAUUCCCUUUGAACUUUCAGAUGUGUUUUUAUUAGAUUUGUAUUUGUUUUCACAU